AUGUCGACGUUCGCCGGUGUGUCCGUCCUCGACGGCGACAAGCCGUGCUCUUGCGUAACGUCGGGCGUCGGCGCCGGUGCUGGCGCGAGCAGCGUGUACCACCUGCUCGUGGUCAAGGGCUACUCUGGUAUCAAAAAGGAGUUGCCCAACGGCGAGAGCUGGUGCACUGAUUUGUUCAGGGUGGGAGGCCAUGAGUAUUCCAUCGAGUACUAUCCUAACGGCGCAAACCCCAACUGUGCCGACUUCAUUUCGCUCGAUAUUACCCGUCUCUACGAGGAAGAUGUCGAAGAGGGUGUGGAGGCCAAGUUCAGUUUCAGUCUCGUCGACGACGUCGAGAAGCAGAUGCCGACGUACAUUCGUGCGACUCGUAAAACCCGUGACUUCCGCAGAUGUGAUCCUUGUUGGGGUUGCGACAAGUUCAUGAGAAGAUAUGCCCUUGAGCGAUCAGCCAGUCUAAAGUCUGAUUGUUUCACCAUCAGGUGUGAUAUUGUGGUGUGCAAGGACAACACCCCAGAUGCCACCGGCUCCGGCACCGGCACCGAGGUUCUCCUGCCUGACAUACACCAACAUUUUAGCAACCUCCUUCAGAAUAAGGUGGGUGCUGAUGUGACAUUCGAGGUCAGCGGCGAGACGUUCGCUGCACACCGGUGUGUGCUCGCUGCCAGGUCUGAAGUGUUCAUGGCGCAGCUCUUUGGCACCGCUACGCCCAGCGUCAUGCAGAUCACAGAUAUGGAAGCAAAAGUGUUCAGGGCUUUGCUUUGCUUCAUCUACACAGACUCGUGUCCUGAGAUGGAGAAGAACAGCAUGGAGGAGGAUGAAAUGCCAGGAGUUGUGGGACAAGGACAAGUAGAGGAAGUACUGGAGGAUAAAAUGUCAGAAGUUGAGGAACAAACACAAGAAGAGGCGGUAGAGGAUGAAAUUCUUAUGCAAUGGCUGCAGGACUUGUUUGUGGCGGCAGACAGAUACAAUCUCCAGCGGCUCAAGUUCAUAUGUGAAAAGCAGUUGUGUGAGCAUGUAGGUGUGAGCUCCGUGGCGUCCACUCUUGCUCUAGCCAAGCAGCACCACUGCCAUGGAUUGAAGGCGGCGUGCUUGAAGUUUAUCCAAGUCCUAUCUCCCUCGCGUUUGCAGACACUAAUGGCAACUGAUGGAUGGGGGCAUAUAGCAACGACAUACCCCUCUGUUUUGUACGAGCUCAUUGCCAUCCUUGCGUCAAACCAGCGGAAAUGA